GGAGCGGUAGAGGGUCACGGUAGAAUGACGGAAACUUCCCGGGAUGCACGGACGUGGGCUCGAAAGAUGGGGCCGAAGUCCGGGUCCGAGCACAGUGGGGUACCGGUAGGAACAACGAUUGCCCGAACAUCUGUCGCCUGGGCGGGCUUGACUUGACGGACCCAAGCAACGCGGGGCAUAUUCCCCCCACUCACUGCCUGUCAUUCACUGCGAAAAAAAAUCCGCCGGGGUGUGGAGGGGCAUUGAUUGCAUCACUCAGCAUCAGGUCCAUACCUAAGGUAUCUCUCUACCUACCUGACUGAUAGUGGUUGAUAAUCGUGCAUCGUAACAAAUCAUUCCCAUAGGUACUUUGCCCACACUCAACGGCCUUCUUGAGGAAUUGCACCCCCAGAUAGGCGGUAUCUCGAUGUGCCGGUCUAUCACAGUAUCCUGACGCUCUCUUUCGAAACCCAGCAUUUUUUCCAUUUAUGAAUUGGAUCUGGAGCACCUACUCUCUAACCAUCACCAAGACCUCCCUUUCACAGCAACCCCGCCAUCAAAAUGAGUCCCUUGGUAGAGGCGCCGAAAACGGCGGUCCAGGUCCUCCCUCUCACGCCCUUCACACCCGAUCUUUACGAGCGUGCCUGGUGCUCCGUACCUCACCCUACGCUUCCACUCAUCGCCACGGCAUAUUCCAAAUCAGUCAAGAUAUUCUCGCUUUCGUCUCUUUCCUCCCACAGUACCCUGACUGGUGGCCACACCCGCUCCAUACGUUCGGUAGCUUGGAAACCCAAUCUCCCUCCUCACCAGCUAUGCCUCGUCACCGGUAGUUUUGAUUCCACCGCUGGACUUUGGCGCUGGGACGGCGAACUCCCGUUUUCUGGCGACGGCGUCAACGCCGCAGAACCCCUCGAGAUCGACCUGAGCAAGGCGGCACGCCGCUCCCUCAACGAUGCGGAUAGCGAUGGCGAGAAGGACUGGGAGUUCACUCUCGUACUCGAGGGCCACGACUCAGAGAUCAAGGGCGUCUCCUUUGCGCCAUCCGGCGCAUAUCUCGCCACGUGCAGUAGAGACCAAACGGUAUGGAUAUGGGAGGACGUGGGCGCCACCGAAGGGGAUGACGAGUGGGAGACGGUCGCCGUGCUGAAUGAGCACAACGGUGACAUGAAGGGUAUCGCGUGGUGCCCUGACGUGCCGGGACGCAACUCGCGGAGGAGGUACAGCGCCGACGUCCUCGCAAGCAGCAGCUACGAUAACACUGUGCGCAUAUGGCGCGAAGACGGUGACGGCGAAUGGGUCUGCGUGUCGGUGCUGGAGGGCCACGAGGGCACCGUGUGGGGUGUGCAAUGGGAGGAGAAACCGAGAGAAGACGGCGCCUUCCCAAGAUUGCUCAGUUACUCGGCCGACCAAACAAUACGGAUAUGGACGCUGCAAGUUGAGGACGAGGAGAACGAGGCGGGUGGCCGCGGAGGCUUCGGCGGUGGGCUGGGAGGUAUUCCCAAUACAAUGCGGAGAUCGUUGCGCGAAGAAUGGGUGUGCACGGCGAUCCUGCCCAAGGCACACACGCGCGAUAUCUACUCGGCGACUUGGAGUGCGACGACGGGGCUGGUGGCCAGUACGGGGAGCGACAGCAUCAUCGUGGUGUACCAGGAGGACGAGACUGAGGAAGGCAAGGUGAAUGGUGCCGGGGAUGUCGUACCGAUGGAGACAGACGAGGCCACCGAGGGCGGAAAGCCGGAUGAUGUACCUGUGGGAUCAAGCAAGUGGCGCGUUGCAGCAGAGGUGCCCAACGCCCACGGCCCGUACGAGAUCAACCACAUUACAUGGUGCAAACGAUAUGACGCAGGUACGGAGAGGAAGGGGAGCGAAGAGAUGUUGGUCACCACCGGAGACGAGGGAUUGGUAAAGCCUUGGCAAGUAAUUAUAUCAUAGAUGACGCCGGGGCAGGUAGAUUUGCCCUUUUGUGCAUAUUGAAAGCAUAUGUACGAUACUUGCCCGCAUCUACAUCUGGAAGGACCUGGGUAUCGAGAAUCCAUCCGACUCCCCACCAAGCCUCUUGGGCGAAGUUGAUACAGGG